AUGGUGUCCCAAUUGUUUGAAGAAAAGGCCAAGGCAGUCAAUGAAUUACCCACGAAGCCCAACACUGAUGAAUUGUUGAAGUUGUACGCGUUAUACAAGCAAGCCACCGUCGGGGAUAACGAUAAGGUGAGACCUGGGAUCUUCAAUUUGAAAGACCGUUCCAAGUGGGAUGCAUGGGAAAAGUUAAAGGGGACCUCGCAAGAGGAUGCUGAGAAGCAGUACAUUGAGUUGGUGGACGAAUUGUUUGUCAAGUACGGUUAG